CGCGGGGAGGGGGCCGAGAGGGCGACAAAGCCGGCGCGCGCCCGGCUGGGGGCGGAGGGCGGGGGUCCAAGGGCCGGAACAGCCGCGGUAAGUGGCGGUGGCGGAGGCAGCUGAAGCGGCGGCGGCAAGCGGGGGUCGCAGCGGCGGCGGCGGGCCCGGACUCGGGCCGAGGAGCCGGGCGCGAUGGAGCGGAAGAGGUGGGAGUGCCCGGCGCUCCCGCAGGGCUGGGAGAGGGAAGAAGUGCCCAGAAGGUCGGGGCUGUCGGCCGGCCACAGGGAUGUCUUUUACUAUAGCCCCAGCGGGAAGAAGUUCCGCAGCAAGCCCCAGCUGGCGCGCUACCUGGGCGGCUCCAUGGACCUGAGCACCUUCGAUUUCCGCACGGGCAAGAUGCUGAUGAGUAAGAUGAACAAGAGCCGCCAGCGCGUGCGCUACGACUCCUCCAACCAGGUCAAGGGCAAGCCCGACCUCAACACGGCCCUUCCUGUGCGGCAGACGGCGUCCAUCUUCAAGCAGCCAGUCACCAAGAUCACCAACCACCCCAGCAACAAGGUCAAGAGCGACCCACAGAAGGCGGUUGACCAACCGCGGCAGCUGUUCUGGGAGAAGAAGCUAAGCGGGCUGAGCGCCUUCGACAUCGCAGAGGAGCUAGUCAGGACCAUGGACCUGCCCAAGGGGCUGCAGGGCGUGGGUCCUGGCUGCACCGAUGAGACCUUGCUGUCCGCCAUCGCCAGCGCUCUGCAUACCAGCACCAUGCCCAUCACGGGACAGCUCUCGGCCGCCGUGGAGAAGAACCCGGGUGUGUGGCUGAACACCACGCAGCCUCUGUGCAAAGCCUUCAUGGUGACCGACGAGGACAUCAGGAAGCAGGAGGAGCUGGUACAGCAGGUGCGAAAGCGGCUGGAGGAGGCACUGAUGGCCGACAUGCUGGCCCACGUGGAGGAGCUAGCACGGGAUGAGGCACCACUGGACAAGGCCUGUGGGGAUGAGGAUGAGGAAGAUGAGGAAGACGAGGAGGAGGAGGAGCCUGAGCCAGACCCGGACCUGGAGCGCAUCUAGUGCAGGUGCUCACCCUCCUCCGCUCUGCCCACUGCACCUGGCCCUGCCACACUGGGGCUAGGCUUGGUGGCCACAGUAGGAAGGGUCAGCUGGAGUUCACCCUUCCUGGGUGCCCCUCCCAAGCCUCGGGGUGUGGCAGAGGUCACUGCCCCAUGGACUUGGGCAUGGAGUGUGGCCAGCUCAGGCCUGCAGGGCAGCAGGCCCCUCCACAUGGAACUCAGGGCCACUGCUCCUUGGCUAUGAGGCAGGACAGUGCCAGUGGGCUUGCCCCUUACCCCGCGCCACAAGGCCUGCAGCUGCCAUGUUUCCAUGAGUUGGAGAACAUUCUGGAAACAAUCUGACCCCAGCUCUGCAGUGAGGAACAUAGUCCUGAGCCAGCAGGCCAGCCCUUUGGGACACUGUUGCUGCAACCCUGCAGCCCCCCAAUGGGUAGAGUUGGUGACCCUCAGAAGGGCACCUGGGCAGUUGCCCCAGGAGGCUGAUUUCUUUGAAUAAAUGGAUGACAUGAA